AUCACGACGUCGGGGGUCCGGCCGCUUCUGCGCCCAGGCCUGCAUCGCAUCCGCUCUCCGCCGCCGCCUGCCAGCGCUGCGCGUGUCCACUUCCUCCAUUCUGGCGUUUCCUCCUUCGUUCUACCUUAGUUUGGCCUUCUCGCUGAGGCCAUCUACAGGGGCAUGGAUCAAGUGCUGA